GGAAGCUCAAAAGUAAAAGCAAACUAAAGCGCGCUUUCCUCGCGGUUUAAACAAAUAAAGACUCAAGCAGGACCAGUUGAAGUCGGUCAUGCGUGUGUUCGUGUGUCGGAGCGGGCAGUGAACGCCUCUCUGAGCGGGGCAGUGUGAUCGAGUCCGGGCGGAGGCAGAGGACAGUGUGGACGGACAGAGGAGGAAGACUCACCCACCGCUCACUCUGGACACACAGCGGUCAUCUCCAGACCCGGCGGAGUCAGAGUCAGGAUGGAGUCUCACAGAUCGAGCAGCUCCCCAGAUGUCAGGAUUCAGAGAGGCUACAUGAUGCAGCACGGUCCCAGCCAGGACAACGUGUUCGGAGUGAGGGUGCAGGUUCAGGGUAUUAAAGGUCAACCAUACGUGGUUCUGAACAGUUCUGGGCAGGACUGCCACAGGGACAUUUCUGUCAUCACUCACCAGGCAGGGUACAACCCGGGAAUGGUGAGGAGGUCCGCGGAUGAAAGACAUUCUCCAUCUGAGGCACAGAGGACUGCAAACUCCUCUGUGUUUCAUUAUCAGAAUCACCCAGAGCUCCUGAGACCUUAUGACCCUGAGAGUAAUGACCUGAACCUAGUCAUUCCUUCGCCAACAAUCUCCCGACCUGGACAGCUACACUCUGGUCUUCGUCCUGACGCAGGUCUGACAACAAAUGUGACCAAACCCAGGAUCCCUCUGCCUGCCGAGGGCCCGGGGGGAGACUCAGCUGAGGUGGCCCAAAACAAAUCACCUCCCUCAGGUGAAAGAAUUCCUGCGAGGUCCCCAACCACAGUGGACACAGACUCCAUCAUGUCCGUAGGGCGGCUAAUAAGCCAAUUCAACAGCAGCCAGCGGAGGGGAAGAGGCCCGAGGAACAGACUAGACCCGGAGGCGUGUCGGCGCUCGCGCAGCGUGGACAGCCGUCGGACCUCGGACUCCUCCUCGUCCUCCUCCACAUCUAGCAGAGCCUCAUCUCUGAGGGGCAUCAGGGGUGAAACCCAGAGUGGCAUAUAUCCUCCUGGAUCAGCCAGGGCUCGACUGCUCGGCGGAGAAGCCGCUUUGGCAAACAAGAGGGAGGAGAGUAAGCAAAGCACACUGCUUAAAGGACAUCAAGGCCAAGAGGCGGCGUCUCAGCACGCUGCAAAACUGCUUCACAGAGCAGAGAGACCCUCUCUCUUCAGGUCAUGUAGUGACCAGACUGGUGGAGCUGAUGAAAGAGAUACACAGGUCACUCCUGAUCUUCUGAAAGGACAGCAAGAACUGUCAGCGGAUCCUCCUGAAGACUCAACAAGACAAAUACUGUUCACCUACCUGAAGGAAGGGACGACCGAUGACGACUCCACCACCCAAAGAAAAGUCAACCUGCUGCUUGAAAGGAUCAACAACCUCAAGUGGAGGACCGCCGAACAUGUGGAGGAGGAGGAGAAAGGGGUGAAGCUGCUGCGGGAGAAACAGGCCGAGCUGAAGGACGAAAUCUCCGACCUAAAGAAAAAACUGGAAACUGAGACUAAGAAUGAGAUGACGUUAGCCAAGGCCUGUGAGAAGGCAAGGACGGAGAAGAAGAAACUUCAGGAAGAGAUGACCAGAAGUCAGACAGAGCUCUGCAAACUCAGGGAGAAACUGGCUGAAAUUGAGGAAAAACUGCAGUCUACAUUACAGGAGCUGACCCAGAUGAAGGCAGAGAAAGAAAGAUCUAAGGCAGAGAUGAAAGACCUCCAGCAGCAGCUCUCGGACAUGCACGACGAGCUGGACCACGCCACGAAGGCGGAGUUGAUAAAUGCGGAGAAAGAAGUCCUCCUGCAGGACUUGGCGCAGCUGCGUGCGGACUUCCAGGCGAUGCUACAGGUGAAGGAGGAGCAGGAGGAGGUGCUGCACCACAGGGAGCGGGAGCUCAGCGCCCUGAAGGGGGCGCUUAAAGAGGAGGUGGAGACUCAUGAUAAAUACAUGGCUGCUCUGAAAGAGGAGUACGAACAGGAGCUGGGGAAGAUGCUCGAGGAUUUGGAGCAGGCUAAAGAGAACAACGACUUGCUCAACCAGGUGAAGGUUGAAGUAGAGGAGGAGGGGAGCGUGGCUAAGGCGCAGCUGAAGGAGAUGAGCCAGGAGAGAGAUCAGCUGAGGGGAAAGGUGCAAGACCUCAACAACAAGGUGGAUCAACUGAGUCAGACGGUCCAGGAAUAUAAAACCACGGAGAAACUGCUGGAGCAGAGAGCAAAGCAGCUGGAGAGGGAAAAGCAGGAGUUGGAGGAAAUGCUGAGUGACGUCCGGAGGAAUGAGGAGGAGAUCUGUCAGUCCAACCAGUUGCUGCUCACUCGCUUGGAGGACGUGCAGGGUAAGCUGACCAAACUAAACUACGAGCACAGAGACCUGAAAGAGAAACUCAAGGACGAGAGGAAACAAAUCGAGGAGCUGUGGAAGACAAAAACCGAACUGGAGGACGAGAGGAGGCUGCAGGACAGGACUAUGGAGCAGCUGCAGAGAAAGAUGAAUAGCAUCAUGGAGGAGUGCGAGGCGUCUACAGAUGUGCUCCAGAGUCAGGUCGAUGAGGCCAGAGAGAAGAGUCAGAGGGAGUUGGCUGAGCUGCGGAGACAGCUGCAGGAAAAGGGAGUAGAGCUGGAGAAAACCCGACAGGCAGCCAAAAAACUCCAGGAAGAGCUGCUUCCUCUGGAGGAGGAUGUGCGGCGGUGUCGCCGGGAGCAGCAGGAGGCCCAGCAGAGGGGGCGACAGCUGGAGCAGAAGGUGGAGGAGCUGGAGGAGAGGAACGGGGUCAUGGUGGAGGAGCGAGAGCGGCAGGUCAAACUCCUGGAGGGUCGCAUCAGUCAGCUCGAAGAAGAUCUUAAUGAUGAGCGCUGCAGUGCUGACCGCCUCAUGGAGCGAUUAGAUAAAACCAAAGAGCAGAUGGAUCAGAUGAGGAACGAGCUGAUGCAGGAGAGAGCUGUGAGGCAGGACCUGGAGUGUGACAAGAUAAGCCUGGAGAGACAGAAUAAAGACCUGAAGAGCAGAGUGUCUCAUCUUGAAGGAUCCCAGAAGACCAACCAGGAUUCACUCGUCUCCAAACUUAACAGCCGCAUCCAAGAACUGGAGGAGAGGCUGCAAGGAGAAGAGAGAGACAACAACAACCUGCAACAAGUAAACCGCAAACUGGAGCGCAAGGUGAAGGAGAUGAAGAUGCAGGCGGACGAGGAGAACGCCAACCUGCUGAGCCAGAGAGACCAGCUGACUCAGAGGCUGAAGACGGCGAAGAGGCAGAUGGAUGAGGCGGAGGAGGAGAUCGAGCGCCUGGAGCACGCGAAAAAGAAGCUGCAGAGAGAAGUGGACGAGCAGAUCGAGGCCAACGAGCAGCUUCACAGCCAACUGAGCGCACUGAGGAACGAGAUGAGGCGAAAGAGGAAAUCACCUCCUCUCAUCAAGGCUGUGGACGGCGACGUGAACGACGUGGACGACCUUGGAUCUGAUUGACCGACUGACCUGUGA